CGCACCUCCAGUGAUGACUUAUGCCCAGCUGGAGAGUUUGAUAAACAAGUGGAGUCUGGAACUGGAAGACCAAGAGAAGCACUUUCUCCAUCAAGCAACUCAAGUUAACGCCUGGGAUCAGACGCUGAUAGAAAAUGGGGAGAAGGUAAGGUGA